AUGUCGAUGGCCGGCCUGAGGUACUGCCCGAGCAGUCCUACAGGACCGUUGGAAACAAAAAGUGGAGCCUACGUGUACAGUGGAGAUCCGUCCCACUUUCACGAAUGGCAAUUCAGAACCCUUCUUCGUGUAGAACUCUGCAAGAAGAAGAUGGAACAGAAGGCCAAGGAAAAGGCCAAGGAAGCAUCCAGUUCCCCGGUCAGCCCUGCUAGCAGUGACCGGAGGAGACGCGAGCCGACAGAGGCGGCUGAGCAAGAGGGUGCGAAACUGCUGCUGAGGUGUCGCCCCAGGCCCCUUCAGGUGAGCGCUCAGCUGGACUUGGUGGCUUUGCUUCACCCCGUAGUCAAGAGGAGCACGAUCUGUUGGACGUGUCCCCAUGAAGGGCUCAGAGGAGAUGCAUUUCUGAUGGCAAAAGACUUGGGUCUGAAUGCAUUGAUGGAUGUUGGCCCUCCUACCGGACUGGAAUUGCCGGUGGAGAGAAUCAAGGAGCAUGUGUUCCCUUUGAGGUCACAUGAGGCAAGGGAGCUUUUCAGGCUUGGUCAACAGGCAAAUGGCCCCCUCAGUCGACAGUCUGCAGAGACGAUCUUGUCCUUCAUUGGAAGGAGGAAACGAUGGUGGAUUCAACUUAAAGAACUUGACCCAGAGAUGGCAAUUUCCACCCAGAUGCGAGCUGAACUUCUCCUUGAGACAUCAGGCCUGAGCAGACAGGAACAACUCAUGGUCAAGACUGCCUGCCCGAAGCCCAGCUUUGAGGGAUACAGUGAGAUCUUGUUGGAACACCACGGAAGGAUCCAUCUGAGGGAUUCGAGGAAUCUGGCCCCUCCUUCAAGGCCCUUUCAAGCGAAAGGAGCAGGAAAGAACAAAGGAAAGGGGUGGUAUCGAUCAGGCUACAUUGCAGGUGAGUAUGAUGGCCAUGCAGGUGAUGAAGCAGCAGUUGAUGGAGACAACUACGACUGGAAUGAGGACUACGACGACGGAGCCUAUGUUGGGUAUGGCGAUGAGCCCAGUACAGAGGACCCAGAUGAUUGUGACUGGGUGUCAGGUGAAGACCUUGACAUUGCUUUGACAGCCAUGGCUGCCUGUGACAUGGACGAGACCUCAACAGAGGGUCUUGAAGAACUUGGAGAGGCAUGCCAACACCAGUUGCAGGCCUACGCUGCCGUGGGACGUGAAAAGGCAAAGAAAGACAAGGGCAAAGGGAAGGGCAAGAGGGUUGUGAAGACCCAAUUGUCCAUCCAAGACAGGAAAGUCAGACUUGCCAGUCUGAAGAAGAAAAACAGUCGUUGCCUACGCUGUGGAGGCUAUGGACACGGGGCAGGUGACCCAGAAUGCAAAAUGCCGAACGAGAAGCCGAAUGCCACUGCAUCGGUCCCAGGUCAAGUGCCGAGCCAAGGGAAGGUUGGUUACUUUGCCCUGAGUGAUUCCUCAGGAGAUGAUGGUGGCCCAUUGCCUUGUGUGGCCAUUGGAGCAGGGAGCAACAAGAAGACAUGCCCACGUGUGCCCAUGAUGCCUGCCUUUCGUGCCAAGAGAGUGGAUCCAAUGGGUGACAUGACUUUGCCCCCUGGAAGACAGCGCAGGGAAGCCUUGGGAAGGGCUGUGAGUCAGUCUGCUGCACCCUUGGUAGAUCUGGCAGAAGACUUGUUGACGUAUGAAAGGUUGGAACUACUUUUGAGCACUGAUGACUCAGUAGCUGUGAUGCACCAAUUUCAACAGGAUUGUGAAAUUGAGUUGGAACAUGACCCCAGCAUGCGUGCCAGUGUCAUGAUCGACAUCUUGCGCAACGCAAUUGAGGCCGUGGUGGAAGCCAGAGAGGCUACCCAUGCAGGGUAUAUGGCGCUUUCCCCUUUGGAGGACGAUCUGGAGUGCAGUGUGCUCCCAGUGGUUGAUGUUCUCAAUGAUGAACAUGUCUGGGGAGUGUUGGACGAGGGUUGCAACUCAACGGUUUGUGGACAUGAAUGGAUGGAAACAUGCAAAGCCAAGUUGAAGAACAUGGGUUUUGAUGUCCCUAUGCAGUCAGACGAACAGAAGGCAUUCAAAGGUCUUGCAGGCAAUGUGCACACCAAGGGUCGAUACAGAAAUCCAUUUGUGUUGGAACCUGAAGGUGGUAAGAAGUUGCCAGGUGUUUUGGAAACGUAUGUGUUGGUGGAAAGAUUUUGCCCUCCUUUGGACGCCUACUGCAACGAUCCAUCAGCGCGCAACUUGGAGAGACUCUGCCAGAACUUUGGCUUGGGUGACAGGGAAGUCUUUGUGGUUGACACCUUGGAGCUUGGAGACCCUCAUCAUGACAAGAGCUUGAGGAGAGUGAAGCAAGCAGUUGAAGAAGGAAAAGCAGUUGCAGUGGUGGCCUACUGCAGGAGGAACCGGCACAGGAGUGUGGCCCUGGGCUGGUUGGUUACAAGCGCUUUGGAGUUCUUGCAGAUCAGUUGCAGCUUGACACAUGCAAAUGCUCGAACCAGUUGGGCUCAGAUGUCAGGUGGGUGUCGUGGCAGAUGUGAUCACUGCCAGCAUGUCAACACAGAUGCCAAGACCGAGGCAGAGGAUCAUGCAGGGACAUUGUGCGAUUUGGCUCGUUGUGAGAUGAAUGAGAAGGACAUGAGCAUGCUGGAUGAGGCCUGUGAGGUGAGAGGUAUUGGAUUGGCACCAGUACCAAAGGCAGCACCCACAGCACCAGCACCGAGGGCACCAAAGACCAGAGCAAGCCCUCCAGUGCCUCCUGAGCCUUCAAGGGCAUCCUCAACAGGAUCUGCAGCACGACCUGCCCCUGCAACACGACCUCCACCCAAAACACCACCAAGAAGAUCACCAGCGACGAGAAGGACACCCUCGCCACCGAGGAGAUCGAGAUCAGCGCCCAGAGAUGGACAGCAGACAGAGGCCUUGAUUGCAAGGAUCAGUGAGCUGACGUCGGUGGUGUCUCAGCUGGUAGCUGAGAGGGAUCAGGUGUCGUACCGACGACCAAGGACGCCACCAAGACCACCUCCGAGAAGCCCAUCACCACUUCCUCGUCGACGACCUCCAACAAGAACUGUGAGUGUGGAAUCUGUCAUGGCCGGCUGGCCAAGCCAUUUGGAUCUGCCUGCAAGGGAGGAUGAUGGCACCUCCUGGAACAAAAGGGUCGAUGCCCACGGUCUUUCUGUGGAGCUGUUGGAUGCCAUGUGGUACGCAGCUGCUGUGGACCAUCAGACUGGCUACAAGCAGAAGUGCCUACGUUGGGUUGGGCCGUACUUCCCAGGUACAACAGCUGAGGAAAGAAAGGUGCAAACAGUGGAGCAGAACAACAUGGCUGCGAAUGUGAAGGUCGCAGUACUUGGCCCAGACUACAUCGGGUUGUGCUUGCAAGAGGAAGCCUCUGGUGGAAAGACUAUCAGAAGGUCUUGGGCUUCACCAUCCAUGAGACAUGAGGGAUGGAGUGUCACCACCUAUGACUACAUCGACAGUGGAGACAAUGGAGAUGGCAACAACGGAGAUGAUGGCCAUGAUGAUGGACAAGAACAAGAGAAAGACGACGAUGUCGAAGAGAUCACAGAAGAGAACACACAACUUGCUCUGGCAGGUGAUGAAGGUGGAAUGGAAACCAUGGAUACCCUAGAACCCAUGGAUGUGAUUGAAGAAGUUCCCACAGCACAUGCUGCCGCCUUGACGAUGCAUCCUAGCAAAUACAUCGACCGCAACAGCGACGAUGACGCUGACCCAAGUGGGACUACUGGGUCAGAGGCAGUUGCGACUGCAGUGAAGCUGGAGGUGAAAGCAGAGCCUCACCCAUGUGCGCUGUUGGGAGCCUUGAUGUCCAGUGAGUCAAGGGUGAUGGACAAAAAGGACAAAAGUGUGGUAACCUCAGGGUUGAAGAUCAUGCAGCAUGAGGAUGAAGUUAUGAAAGCUAUGGUAGGGAUAUCCCAUUUGUCAGAAUCGGUUCACAUGUUGGUUUUGAAAGACGCCACGGUCAAUUUGUCCAGUUGGAACGAUGUGCAUGUCAUGACAGUUGACCCCAACUGGGAAGACACAUGCAAGAAACUUGCAGCCAGGGUCUCAUCCCAGAGCCCUGGACUGGUUGCAGUGUGCAUGGAAAAUCCCACUUGGAAACAAAUCCAAGAUGUCCAUUGUGAAGCUGACAUGAACCAAUGCAAGGGUUAUUGCUUUGGGGGUGAUCUGUGCCUGUUUGUUGCAGUAGACCGCAACGAUGAACUGUUCAGGCUGGCAGUGGAUUGGAACGAGGGUCAAGAGAGCAUGACACCAAGGCAAUUUGGCCAUCCAACACCUGCUACCUUGAAGAACAUCCUGAAGGCAGGAAGGGCAGGCAGCUCGAUUGGUGAGGAAGGUGGAGGGCAGCCUACUUCGAAUUCAGAGGCAUGUGCCAAGGCGUUGAUGACCAAGUGGAUUGCUUGGGCUGGCUGGCCAAAGGCAUGCAUCAUGGAUCGAGGCCUUCACAACCGAGGCGCAGUGACCAAGAUGCUGGCCAGUCACGGGUGCAAUAUCGAGUUUGCCCCUUUGGAAACCCCAGCAGCUAUAGUCACAGACAUGUCAGAGAGCGCUGACUUGGAUGUGAUUGAAGCGAAAGCAGAUCCAACCGUGGCGUACCACAAGGUACACGCCGCAAGAAUGAGGGCACAGAGGGCUUUCGUCCACUUAGACACAAGCAACAGGGUUGCACGUGCGCUGACACGCAAUGCAGCGCCCCAGCACAAAGAGUAUGCAGUUGGUGAUUUGGUUUGUUACAGGUCUGCCAAUGAGAGCGAGGCCCUGGCUUUCUCCAUCUUGAAUGGGGAACCUGUGCUGCCAGAUGCCAUUGUGUCAGGCCCUCAGCAACAGAAGUACAUCCAUCUUGAAGAUGAACAACAAGGACCAAAGUUCCCAAACCCAGUUGGGAUCUUUGAUGAUGAUGAAGAAGCCCCUCAGGGGAGCAGCGCGCCGUCAAGAGCCCCAGCAACACCAGGAAGACGGUUGAAGGCCAAAGAUAAGACGGACCAAUCUGAACGACCAGGCCUGUACACGAGAGCUGCUCCAAUGACUCCAGGAGCACUACCUGGUGACACGAUGAUGGCUGAGUUGGUGGAUGGAGACCACUGGCGCAUUUCAAUGGAUGUGGCAAUCAGAGUCCAUACAGAAACCAGGUCCUUCAUUGCACAGCGCAGUGUGGAGGCCGAGGAGACAGUUCAAUCUGGGAGGGUGGCCAAGACAGUGGACAUCAGGAAGGUCUCACCAGAGAUCAGAGCCUUGAUGAUGGAAGCUCGAACUGCAGAGUGGGAGAAGUACAAGAGCUUCAACGCUGCAAUUCCCAUUUGGGGAAAGGAGCUUCAGUGCGAUGCUCCGACAGCAGAUGCGGAGUCCCAUUGCCUCCUGGCGAGUUGGGCAGCUUCGGAGAGGUUGCGUCUGAAGGGAAGUGACGUGACCAAUGCGUAUUUUCAAGCAAAGCCACUGACGAGGUUGCUACUGAUGCGGCAGCCGACAGGUGGACUUGGAGAUCCAGAUGUGCCUGCAGAAGCGUGCCUGCUCUGUAGGGUGCCCAUCUAUGGUUCAAUCGAUGCAGGUAGAGGUUUCUACUUGCGCAUGGAUUCAGAAGUGAAGACAGCAGGUAUGAAGGCGUCAAAGGUGAUGCCUGCCCUGUACUAUCAUCAGGACGAAAACGGUGAACCGGAUGCCAUGCUAUGCACCCACGUGGAUGAUUUACUGUUUGCCCACAAGCCAAGUGGAGCGAAGGUGAUUCAGGAGAACACCAGAGGAAUCAAGCCAAUUUCGAUUGACAAGUCCCGUAAGGGAACUGACGUUGUCAUGGAAAAGGAGUUGACAAGUCUCCGUUCAGUGACGGGAUCACUGGCGUGGGUAGCGCGGUACUGUCGUGCAGACUUGGCGUACAAGGCCACGGUGUCAGACUUGAGGCUGGCAAACAAGGCUGUUGAACUGGCACGCCAGAACCAAGACAUGAAGCUGGUGUACAAGGCCAAUUGGAUUGCAAUUAAAGAUCACAGCAUACAUGUGAUCGGCUUCGCUUCGUCAACCUUGAAGCGAGUGUGCAGAGCCACAUUGCAAGCUGAGUCGCACGCACUUCAGAGUGCAGUGGAACACGGUGACCGCUUGAGGUGUGUCCUGUGUGAGAUGACAGGCAAGCUGGUGUCGAUGACAGACUGGCACGAUCAAUGCCAGAUGAAGAUGAAACACGUUUGGGUGUCUGACUGCAUGAGCUUGGUCGAACACCUGAAUGCAGAAGUGCCCAAGAAGGUCCAGGAUAAACGACUGGGCAUAGAGCUUGCGGCAUUGAGGCAGUCCUUGUGGACAGGGAAUGGCCAGAAGAGCAGUCUUGAGUACUCGCCCUAUGGGGACGAGCUGUGGUGGAUUGAGACUGCCCGGAUGCUCGCAGAUGCAUUGACGAAGUCAAUGAAACCCUGC